AUGCUCCCGGGUUCCCCAUGCCCGUUUUUCCCAGUUUCCCGGGCUACCCGUUCCCCAGCCCGGUGCCAGGUGUUGCCCGGUUCCCCGCUCCUCCUCCUCUCCGCCCCGUGCCGUCCCUCCUCCCCCGGGAAAGCGAAAGCGCGGCGGGCGGAAGACCAGCCCUCCCCGCCGGGCCGGGCCGGGCCGGGGCCGCACCGGGACCACGACGGGGCCACCAUGGCUUCCAUCGGCAACUUCUUGCGACGGAGCCUGCGGCGCGCCGGCCGCAGAGAAGGAAAAGAUGGGGCCUCUUCUGCAGACCCCCCCCCCCCUCAGGUACCACAGGGGAAGCUGGGGGACCGGAGCUCAGUCUUCUACUCUGGUGGACAGUUCUUCUUUGAGUACCUGGUGGUGGUGUCGCUGAAGAAGAUGUCAGAUGGACAUUAUGAACCCAAGAUAACCUACCAGUUCCCAAAGCGUGAAAACUUGCUGAAGGGCCAGAAGGAGGAGGAAGAACGUCUCCUCCAAGCCAUCCCCCUCUUCUGCUUUCCCGAUGGUAACAACUGGGCACCUAUCACUGAGUUCACCAGCGAAACAUUUUCUUUUGUCCUGACAAACGUGGAUGGCAGCAGGAAGAUUGGCUACUGCAGGCGGCUGCUGCCAUCUGGGCGUGGUGUCCGGCUCCCUGAGGUCUUCUGCAUCAUCAGCUGCCUGGGCUGCUUUGGGCUCUUCUCCAAGAUCCUGGACGAGGUGGAGAAGAGGCGCCAGAUCUCCAUGGCAGUGAUCUACCCCUUCAUGCAGGGCCUUCGGGAAUCGCCCUUCCCAGCUCCAGGGAAAACUGUCACCAUCAAAAGCUUCAUCCCUGAGUCAGGGACAGAGCUCAUUGAGCUCACACGGCCUGUGGAUGCCCACCUGGAGCACGUGGAGUUCCAGGCUCUGCUCCAGCGACUCAACCCUCACCUCAUCCUGCACAUCUUUGCCUCAGCCGUGUUGGAGCGACGCCUCAUUUUCCUGGCUGAGGAGCUGAGUGUCCUGUCUCAGUGUAUCCACGCCGUGGCUGCUCUCCUGUACCCCUUCACGUGGGCUCACACCUACAUCCCCGUGGUCCCCGAGUGCCUGCUGGACACCGUGUGCUGCCCCACACCCUUCAUGGUCGGCAUCCAGAAGCGGCACCUGGAGCGGGUGCUGGAGCAGCCAAUGGAGGAGGCUCUGAUCAUUGAUCUCUGUGAAGGGAAGAUCAUCCGGGCGGUGGGUGAUGAGGAGGAGAUCCUGCCAGGGAAGCUGCAGAACGAGAUGCUGAUGUCUCUGAACAGGCACAACAACAACAACAACGUGCACACCUCGGAGCAGGUGAACGCCCUGGUGUCAGAAGCCUUUGUGCACUUCUUUGUACGGCUGGUCGGGCACUACGCCUCCCACAUCAAGUGGGGCAGGAGCGGCUCUGGCAGCUUCCAGGAACGAGCCUUCUGCAAGGCCAUCACCUCCAAGAGCUGUCGCAGAUUCCUGAAGAAGUUUGUGAAGACAAACAUGUUUUCCCUAUUUAUUGAGGAAGCGGAGAAGAGCAGGAUCCCACAGGAAGCGUAUUUCCAGCAGAAAAUAAUAGAGUACCAUGAACAGAAGAAGCACCGAAGGGACUCCUGAAGUCCAGCCUGGGAGCAGAGGAGCAAGACUGGAUUGACAUACCCAUGCCAGCAGCAUCAUACUGCACUCUGUUCCUGCCCACCUGGGAUUCCUGACCUGCCUGGGCAGCAUUUGAGCACCAGUCUGACCCUUUCUU